GCACAAAGCAAACACUGGACGGCAAGGCGACGUACAAAAAGGCGACCCUCCAAGCCUCUGACAUCAAGUCCACUCUGCAACCACGUACGCACAGAUGGAAAUCAGUCACGACGGCAACAUGAUCAUCGAGCUGCACCUCGGGGAGAUCCAGAAGAUCAAGGGCGUCGACGAGUUCAUGAAGAGCAUCAUCAGCUACGUGGAUCCAGCGCGACACCUCGACGCCCCAGAGCGCGUCGGCCACAUGUAUCUGGCCUUUCUACUCUCGCUCUCCUACGCUAAGCUGAUCGUGACUGGCAGCUGGAGCUCGUCCGCGGCCGAGGAGGACCGUGCGCGCUUCUUCCGCCGACUGCCGACCCCAGAGAGCAAACUCAAAAGGAAGCGUGGUGGGGACAAUCUCGACACCGACACAGAAUUCUUCCUACGGCUGCAACAGAGCAUAUCCGAUGAGCCGCCGAUCGAUGUCGAGCACGCGAAGAAAAGGCGCUUCGACAGCGUGGACAGUGAGGUACAGGGCCAAGACGGCGCAGGUGCUUCCCCGGUCGGUCCUAGACCGAACACGACACCGACGCAGCAGCUCGCUUCGGCGCUGACGGACGUUGGGCAAGCCGAAGCCACAUCAUUGACAGUGACACAUCGAGUGAACCGCGCCUACUACGACCUCGGCGCUGCCUACGUACACUUCGCCGAGCUCACGUUCGACUCGUGCCCCUCUGCCAGCUCGUCUACCUUCCAUCAACUCGUCUUUGGCUCCGUCGUCGUUGCGAUCCGCGCAAUGGCUGCCGAACCUGCCCUUCAGACCAUGUCCGAGGCCGGACUCAAAAAACGGUUGGAAAGAUCGCGCAAGUUUUUCGUACUCGUGGAGUGCUUUGGCCGAGGGGUCCUCGGUCUUGUGCCGCUAGUGUGCGUCACGCGCCUGGACAAGCUCAGCUUCGCAAGCAUCCGCCGAUACACGGCAUUUGCAUCGGCUAGCAAUCUUGGGAUGACGGUGAUGACCAAUGGCUCUGGUGGCACUGGGCGCUUCCUCAGGGCUCAGAGAGAAGCCGAACGUCACAGAUCCGAAGGAGAGCGAGAGUUGCCUGCAGACAGCCUGUCUCCUGCAGAGUGAUCGCGGCCUUCUUGCAUCCGGCUUGCAGUGAUAGGUCGGAAGGUCAGCAUGAUGUUGUGACGCCUUUCUUUGGAACUCUCACCCACGUUGAGGAAGACCUGCUGCGAUUGGCUUGACCCUCCCAGUUGUGGCUCGCCACGGCUCAUCGGCAAGAGGAGCGUAAGCGCCACACCACAGCGUCGAGUGAGGAAGCGGGAACGCAUCCUGUUAAGCCCUGUUAAGCUCGGCGAGCUUCCCUGCUGCUAUCCAUGGCUGCAUUCUGCGACGACGAACCAUCGCUGAGUAUGCGCGUACUGUGCAUCCAAUUUCACCGCUCGCGAAAAUCUUGCCCAAAAGGAAGUCGCGCCCUCUGAGUGAAUGCACGCCUUGGGACCCUUCGUGAUGUUUGGAUGAUCUUGACGUUCAGCGGCGCAG